AUGGCUUCCAUGUCUACCGUCUUCCCUAAACCAACCACUUUCCUAUCUCAGCCUCUCGCCAAAUCCCACAAAUCCGAUUUCGCAACCGCAUCGGUUUCAUUUCCCUCGAAUUCGAGAAGUCGUAGCCUAAGAUCCCUCAAGGUACGAGCUGCGCUAAUCGAGCCCGACGGCGGAAAGCUCGUGGAGCUCGUGGUGCCGGAGCCGAGACGACGGGAGAAGAAACACGAGGCGGCGGAUUUGCCGCGAGUGAAACUGACGGCGGUCGGUUUACAGUGGAUGCACGUGUUGAGCGAAGGCUGGGCAAGUCCUCUCCGUGGGUUUAUGAGGGAAUCUGAGUUCCUCCAAACUCUUCAUUUCAAUUCGCUUCGUCUCGACGACGGAUCCGUCGUCAACAUGUCUGUGCCUAUCGUUCUCGCAAUCGACGAUGAACAGAAAGCCCUAAUCGGAGAAUCGAAACGAGUCGCGCUUGUUGAUUCCGAUGAUAAUCCCAUCGCUAUCCUCAGCGACAUUGAGAUUUACAAACAUCCCAAAGAAGAACGAAUCGCUAGAACUUGGGGCACCACCGCUCCAGGCUUGCCUUAUGCAGAAGAGGCGAUAACCAACGCCGGAAACUGGCUCAUUGGUGGUGACCUUGAGGUUCUUGAACCUGUCAAGUACAACGACGGGCUUGACCGUUUCAGGUUCUCGCCGUCAGAGCUACGGAGCGAGCUAGAGAGACGCGGCGCUGAUGCUGUCUUCGCGUUCCAGCUCAGGAACCCGGUUCACAACGGACACGCCCUCCUCAUGACCGAUACUCGCCGGAGACUUCUUGAGAUGGGUUACAAGAACCCGAUCCUUUUGCUUCACCCACUUGGAGGGUUCACGAAAGCGGAUGACGUUCCUCUAAGCUGGCGAAUGAAACAGCACGAGAAGGUGCUAGAGGAUGGUGUUCUUGAUCCAGAGACGACGGUGGUUUCCAUAUUCCCAUCUCCAAUGCUUUACGCUGGUCCGACGGAAGUACAGUGGCACGCAAAGGCUAGGAUCAAUGCCGGAGCUAACUUCUACAUCGUUGGUAGGGAUCCAGCCGGAAUGGGUCAUCCGGUGGAGAAACGUGACCUCUAUGAUGCUGAUCACGGCAAGAAAGUACUAAGCAUGGCUCCUGGACUCGAACGACUCAACAUUCUUCCUUUCAGGGUUGCUGCGUAUGAUAAGACACAAGGCAAGAUGGCUUUCUUUGAUCCCUCGAGGGCUCAGGACUUCUUGUUCAUCUCUGGCACUAAGAUGCGAGGAUUAGCUAAGAACAAAGAAAGCCCACCAGAUGGAUUUAUGUGCCCUGGAGGCUGGAAAGUGCUUGUUGAUUACUACGACAGUUUGAGUGUAACCGGAAGUACCAGACUCCCGGAAAAGGUUCCGGUUUAA